GCGGGGCUGUUCUCCGCCGUCACUGCCGCUCUCUCCGCCCUCGGAGCUCUUCCGGGAUACUUCAGAUUUCCCGGGGUCGGCAGCCCUAGGGGCCCUCUCGGCCUCCUGCUCCUGCUUCUCGUCUUCACCCUGCGGCGCCAGCGGCCGCCGGGACCUCGCGAGGCGUGGCGGGCUGGGCCGACACCCAGGCUGUAGGACCGUCUCCCCUAACCCCAAUGCCUCCGCGAGCAGAGUUGAGUGGAUGCCGGUGGUUGGAGCUGAGGAAGUGUCCCCUGGUGGCAAGUGCGGGCAGAACACCGGUCGCUAUUAAGCUUCACGUGCGCACGUUGCAAGGACCGUGUGAGUCUGGUAUAAUUUGGCCUCCCGAGAUUCUACCUUAGCAAGAAAGAAGUGGGAAAUACUCUUGUAAGGAAAACUAAAACACCAGGAAAGCCAGAACUUAUUUUUACAUGGUUGUCAGCUCACUUACCAGUAUGGACACUUUUCCCAACAUUUUUCCUCCUGGUGGAGACAGUGUGCUGACAAGUUCUCAAUCUGAGUUUCAAAAAAUGUUAAUUGAUGAAAGGUUACGAUGUGAACGUCAUAAAAAGAAUUAUCAGACUCUGAAAGCUGAACACACAAGGUUGCAGGAUGAGUGCAUAAAGUUACAAAAUGAACUCAAGCACCUGUUAAAUGAAAAGCAAACUCAACAGGAAAAAUUUCAGCUGAUGUUUGAAGAGCUAAGAGGAGAAUUAUUAGAGAAAACUGAAGUCUUAGAAAAAAUGAUGAUGCAGGCAUUAACUCCACAAAAAUUGGAAUUGUUAAGAGCCCAAAUACAACAAGAAUUAGAAACUCCAAUGAGAGAGCGUUUUCGGAAUCUAGAUGAAGAAGUGGAAAAGUAUAGAGCUGAGUAUAAUAAGCUUCGCUAUGAACAUACAUUUCUCAAAUCAGAAUUUGAACACCAGAAAGAAAAAUUCACACGUAUUUUAGAAGAAGAAAAAAUAAAAUAUGAAUCAGAGAUUGCAAGACUGGAGAAAGAUAAAGAAGAACUACAUAACAAGCUAUUUAGUGUUGAUCCCACAAGAGACAGCAAACGAAUGGAGCAACUUUCCCGAGAAAAAACCCAUUUGUGUCAGAAACUAAAAGGCUUAGAGGCUGAGGUAGCAGAAUUAAGAGCUGAAAAAGAGAAUUCUGGUGCUCAGGUAGAAAAUGUCCAAAGAAUACAGGUACGGCAGUUGGCUGAGAUGCAGGCUACAGUCAGAUCCCUGGAGGCUGAAAGACAGUCAGCUAAACUACAGGCUGAACGCUUGGAAAAAGAACUACAAUCAAGCAGUGAACAAAAUACUUCUUUAAUCAGUAAAUUGCAUAAAGCUGAACGAGAAAUAAAUACACUGACUGGUAAAGUAAACGAACUUAAACAUUCGAACAAACUAGAAAUAACAGACAUCAAACUGGAGACAGCAAGAGCUAAGAGUGAGCUAGAAAGAGAAAGGAAUAAGAUUCAGAGUGAACUCGAUGGAUUACAGUCGGACAAUGAAAUUCUCAAAGCAGCUGUUGAACACCACAAAGUGCUCUUAGUAGAAAAGGAUCGUGAGUUAAUACGUAAAGUACAAGCUGCCAAGGAAGAAGGUUAUCAAAAACUUGUGGUAUUACAAGAUGAAAAGCUAGUACUUGAGAACAAAUUAGCAGAUUUAGAGAAAAUGAAAGUGGAACAUGAUAUCUGGAGGCAAUCUGAAAAGGAUCAGUGUGAAGAGAAAUUGCGGGCUUCACAGAUGGCAGAAGAGUCGGCCAGAAGGGAACUUCAGAGUAUUAGGCUAAAACUUCAACAACAAAUUGUGAAUAUUGAAAAUGCAGAGAAAGAAAAAAAUGAAAAUUCUGACCUGAAACAGCAAAUCAAUAGUUUGCAGAUCCAAGUGACCUCACUUGCACAGUCAGAGAAUGAGUUGCUGAAUUCAAACCAAAUGCUGAAGGAAAUGGUGGAGAGGUUAAAACAAGAAUGCCGAGAUUUAAGAAGCCACGCUGAAAAAGCACCACUAGAACUUGAAAAGACACUAGAAGAGAGACAGAUACAGUGGUUGGAAGAAAAGCAUAAGCUUCAUGAGCGUAUCACAGACAAAGAAGAAAAGUAUAAUCAAGCUAAAGAGAAACUACAGCGAGCUGCAAUUGCCCAGAAAAAGAGAAAAUCUCUUCAUGAAAACAAAUUGAAGAGACUACAAGAGAAAGUAGAAGUCUUAGAGGCAAAGAAAGAAGAAUUGGAAACAGAAAAUCAGGUGUUAAAUAGACAAAAUGUUCCAUUUGAAGAAUAUACAAGGCUUCAAAAAAGACUGAAGGAUAUACAAAGAAGACAUAAUGAAUUUCGAAGUCUAAUUUUGGCUCCUAACAUGCCUUCAACAGCAUCCAUCAAUCCUGUUAGCUUUCAGUCAUCAGCUAUGGUUCCAGGCAUGGAACUAUCCUUUCCUCCUCAUAUGCAGGAGGAACAGCAUCAAAGGGAACUCUCUCUACUUCGCAAAAGACUAGAAGAACUAGAAACAACACAAAGAAAACAACUAGAGGAACUUGGAUCUCCUGGGGAAUGAUGUUCUUGGAGAAAAGGCAGAUCAAAAGGGGUGAAAUCAGUGACUUGAUAAAGCUUGAAGUUUUCACAUAUGUGGCAUUUAGACACUUUAUUGCUGUUCGCCAAAACACUUGAAUGUGCCUCAAGGAAAGGUACCAGCUGCAUGUAGGAUUUUAGGAUUAUAGUUAUGAUAAGUGAAGCAUUAAAAGAAACAGUUUGAUAUUUAGAAUAUCAACAACCCUUUGAGAGUGUAAAUAAAUAAAUGAAUGAAUAAAUAAAUGGAAUUAAUUAGGGAAUCAAGGUUUUAAAAUGAUUUAUUAAUUUUACUUCGUUGAAUUUUUUUGGCAUUUUGCCUCAAAUAUGCCCUUGAAUUCCCUCUUCCUCAUAUUUGAGUGCUUGGCAAUAACAGGGUCAGUAAAUAUCUCCAGGUUUACUAUAUACAAGAGUUAUAAAUCUCUAAUUUUUGAGGAAAAAAAAUUUGUCAGCAUAAAAAACAAAACUGAAAGGUAUCUAAAUAUAUAUAUAUAUUCAUUACAAAAGGCUACCUUUUCUAAAAGCUGUGUGCACAUAAUUUAUUAAAGAGCUUAAUAAAUAUUUUUCUAUCUA